CUGAGAUCCAUUUCCAUUCAAGAGUUUCCAUCUGAGAUUUUCAAUCAGCAAACCGGCCUUGACAACAUGGCGAAGCCUUCUAAGAAACCGAAAGGCAAAGGGCCUCGCAGCUCUUCCAAGGGACCAAACUUCGACAACAGUGCACUGGAUAAUCUGACGUCUACAAUCGACAAGAAGCUUGGCAAACGAAAGCAACCUCCAACCAAGGCUAACAGCGAUCAACAUCAAAAGAGACAGCGAAAUUCCGAGGGCACAUCUGGUGAGAAAAGCGGAAAGAUCGACGAAAAGACUCUAUUGGAAGAGAUAAAGGCCCUUGGUGGCGACGAGAGCGACCUGGCGCUUAUUCAAGAUAUUGACUCUGACGACGAAGAGUACACUCAGGGCCCCAAGGAUUCUAGAGCUGUCGAUAAGAGCCUUAAGGAUGAGCUGGCCGCUUUUUCCAAACAACUUGGAUUUACAGAGGUUGCGAUGAGCGAAGCCAGCGACCAAGAGGACGAGGAAGAGGACGACGACGACGACGACGAUGCUGAAGAUAACGAAGUUGAGGGGGUUGAUGACGAUGAUAGUGAAGAAGAACAGGCCGUGGCACUCAAGGAACCCACCCAAAAGAAAGGCAACAUGGCCUUCGAGCCUCGAGCAGACUGGCAUGAUUCUGAGCUACGCAAACUCCCCGCACCGACUACUGAUGAGCCAACUCCGCCCAGAGCCGCUCUGGAUGCUCUGAAACAGCACGCUCAGGCACUGCUGGAGGAGGACGCAACCAAAUACAGAACCAGCGUCUUUGCUCAGUCUUCUCACAAGUUCUUGUCAACAAUCAUGACUUCAGGUACACUUAGCGAUAAGGUCUCUGCUCUCACUCUUGCCGUUCAAGAGUCUCCGGUUCACAACAUCAGGGCCUUUGAUGCUCUUAUGAGCCUGGCCUCCAAGAAAAGUCGAGGACAGGCCCUUGGUGCCAUUGGCGCGCUCGUUGAUUUGCUUGGCCCCGGCACAUUGCUCCCUGCUGACCGCCGCCUUCGAGCUUUCCACGAUCAGCCAGGACUUGUUGGAACUUUACAGCGAAAUCCUGGAAAGCCUUGGGCCCCUGGCAACGCGUUGCCUGGGAAGAUCACACCCUCCCACCUGAUUGCCUGGAUUUACGAGGAUUGGCUUAAGGCGACUUACUUUCGACUCAUUCAACUGCUCGAAUCCUGGUGCUCAGACGAGAUCGAGUAUUCACGUACCCGAGCACUCGAUUUUGUCUAUGGCCUCCUCAAGGAGAAGCCCGAGCAAGAAUCCAACCUCCUCAGAUUGCUUGUCAAUAAGUUGGGUGACCGAGACCGCAAAAUCUCUUCUCGAGCGUCGUACCUCAUUCUCCAGCUGCAGAAUUCACAUCCUGGAAUGAAACCUAUCAUCGUCCGAACUAUCGAACAGGAUAUCCUUCUGCACCCAACUCAGGACCACCGAUCAAAGUAUUAUGCCAUCAACACCCUGAACCAGACAAUACUUAGCAACAAGGAGCCUUCAUUAGCUGAGGCCCUGAUGCGAAUUUACUUUGAUCUUUUUACUAUCAUUUUGAAGACUGGAAGUCUAGGCAUCACUGCGCCAACGGACUCGAAACCAGGCAAAGAUGACGAUAACAAAGGUGACGUUAAACGGAAUACUGGACGACGACCUCAAAGGCCGCGAGGCGGUAAGCCAGCAAAGCCCUCAGCUUCUGAGCCUGAGACUGAGGCUGCCGAUAAGCUUGUAUCUGCCAUCUUGACUGGAGUCAACCGCGCAGCUCCAUUCAUGGUUGGCAACGAUGCUAUCAUGGAAUCUCACCUAGACACACUCUUCAAGAUUGCUCACUCAGGCAACUUCAACACUGGAAUCCAGGCGCUUCUCUUGAUCCAACAAAUAUCUUCAUCAAGAAGUCUUGCAAACGACAGGUUUUAUAGGACCUUGUACGAGUCCCUACUUGAUCCUCGACUGGUGAACUCCUCAAAGCAGGCACUUUACCUGAACCUUCUCCUGCGCGCGCUCAAAAACGAUGUUGACAGUCGCCGAGUCAAGGCCUUUGCCAAGCGUAUGCUCCAGAUUUCUGGUCUUCAUCAACCCUCAUUUACGUGUGGACUUCUCUAUCUUGUCGGACACCUACGCGAGAGCUUCCCCGAUCUUUCGACUCUACUGGAAGAGCCUGAGGAGUCCAUUUUUGACGAUGAGCCCGCAAAUGAAAAGCAACGAUACGAUGGUCGAAAGAGAGAUCCCGAGUAUAGCAACGCCAAUCGUAGUUGCUUAUGGGAGAUGAUUCCUCUUCAGUGUCACUACCAUCCGUCGGUUACAGUCUAUGCGAUGUCGAUAUUGGAGCGCAAUAAGAAGUCACUGAAGCCGGACCUUGAUAGCCAUUCACUCAUUCGCUUCUUGGACAAGUUCGUCUACCGAAACGCCAAGGCCACCGAUUCAUCCAAGGGUGUGUCCAUCAUGCAGCCUUUACGGGCUACCAAGGACGCUGGCGACAUCUGGCUCGGCAGCCGCGGAGCUGGAGGUGCCGUGUCGUCUGUGAACUCAUCCGCAUUCUGGAAGAAGAAAGCGGAAGAUGUUCCUGCGGAGGAUAUCUUCUUCCACCAGUACUUCCAGCAGGUUGACAAGGAGGGCAAGGAGACUAAGAAGAAUGCUCAAGCCGCAGGAAACGUUGAAUCUGAUGAUGAGCAAGAAGAUGAAGUUUGGAAGGCACUGGUUUCUACACAACCUGGCGUUGACCCUGAUGACGACGGCUCUGAUGUGGGCUUCGACCUCGACGACUCAGAAAUGGCAUCAGACGAUGACUCGCAAGCAUUGUCCUUGGAUGGCGAGUUGGGCGAGGAUGACGACGACGACAUGAGUGUGGAUAUCGAGGGGUCCGAUGAGGAGAUGGGCGGUGCUUCGAUCAGCGAGGAUGAGGGGGGAUUCGAGGUCAAGGAGGCAGCAAGCGAGAAGACGAAGUCGAAGCGCAGAAAACUCAAGGAUCUUCCUAUGUUCGCCUCAGUGGACGAUUACGCCGAGCUCUUAGCCGGAGAGGACGAUAUGUAGGAGAGCUUAUCAACUGUGAUGACAUGAUGAAGCUGAACCCAUGUUUUAAUAUUUUGGCGGUACAAUACACAUGUUGGUGCAGGAGUCAACAAGGCACAUCUGAAAAUACGCCCACUGGCAUGUUAGACAAUAUGCCACAUAAAAUACAUCUCUCAUUGUUUAUCUCAAUCAAGUAUCAAACCACUCAAGCUCAUCAUUCUUGGUGAAAAUUGCUCUGUA